AUGAAUACUCCUCAUUCGGCGUCAAAUCUCAGACGAAAAAUAAAGACUUUUGUUCGAGAUCUAAAUUUGUUUCCAUCAAUUCCUCCAUCUACUGAUGAACAUCAACUUUAUAAUCAACGGAUAUCUACAAGAUUAUUUCUCUUUUGUUUAAUCGUAUCGUUAACUAUUCUCCUUGUCUACAAUUCAGUCAUUACUAUCACACAGACUGUUAUUGUUCUAUCUCCAACAAUCACACAAUAUUCACAAUUAUAUGAAAAAUAUCCACAAACAUUAACAUGUCCUUGUUCAAAAAUUUCGAUCGAUUACGGUACAUUUUUUCGUAUUGAAUAUACAUUCCAUCCAUUUAAGACUGAUUAUAUAGUAUUUUCUGAUGACUUUCGCUGGACAUCAACAUUAGCAUUCCAAGCGUUGAGUACUCUUUGCCGAUUAAUGAAUAAGACCAUUGUAAAUCGUCUGACUCAGUUCUAUUCAAUUCAAUAUGUUAGUGCGUCUGUGACAUCCUUAAAAGAAUUUCAAUAUCAGUCUGAGGGUUUCUUGACUACGUUUAACAUAUCGACUAGGAACGAUUUCGUGAAUUCACUCUCUACAAUACGAGACAUAACUCAAAGUAACGGUUUAAUGUCUGGAAAACUGACUAAUUAUGGAUUCAUGUCAUCUAGAACGACUAAUAAUGUAAUUACAUAUACAAUACCGUAUGGUAAUUGUGAAUGUAUAACCUCAGCUAUUUGUACCGAUGAUUCAUCAAUUUGGAAUGCUAAUGGCAUGCGGAUAUUCUCAAUACCUGGUUUUUAUACUGGUUGUUAUGUGAUUGAAGCAUUACUUCGAUCCGAUCUCAGAUGUUUUUACAAUCAAGCAUGUAUCACUCGACUACAAUCAUAUAUCAAUUCUUCGAUAUCGAUGAACAUAUCAGCAUUAGAUUCGUCAUUGUUAAUUUACUUCGACGAAACCUCGACCAUUCGAGAUAUUCUUACUCUGUUAAUGGUUCAACAAUGGAAUAAGUCGAUACUUCCUGAGAAUUAUUUUAAUGAAUGUAAACCAACAAAUUGCGUCUAUACUUAUGAGACAAAGAACAGUGUUACUUAUCUUAUCACAACAUUGGUUGGGUUGAUAGGUGGUUUAAUAACAGUACUGAAAUUAGUUAUACCACGAUUAGUAAUGUUUAUAAGACGAAGAAAAGUAUCCGAUGUAGAAGAAAUUGGCAAGACAUACUCAAGAAUUUUUACUGUUGUAUCUAUGAAGAGUAGUAUUACAGAUUUCUUCAAAGUCGAGAUCUAUUAUGUUUGGAUUUUUUUAGAGCCAGCCGAGCAACAGAAUAGACAAAACAAACUUACACGAGUCAACGAUUGUUUUUAUACAUUAAAUAUAUUUCCAUCAAUUCCUCCAUCUACUGAUGAACAUCAACUUCAUAAUCAACGGAUAUCUACAAGAUUAUUUCUCCUCUGCUUAAUUGGAUCAUUAACUAUUCUCCUUGUCUACAAUUCACUCAUCACUAUCACACAGACUGUUACUAUUCCAUCACCAACAAUCACACAAUACUCACAAUUGUAUGAACAACAUGGACAAAUAUUAAUAUGCCCUUGCUCAACAAUUUCCGUGGAUNGUAUCUCGCUCACUUUUCUGACGAUAUAG